AUGGCCAGCCCCAGCAACGACACGGCCGUCGACGAGCAGAGACGCAUCCUGCCCCUGCCGCCAGACGUCGUCGCCCAGAUCAAGUCAUCCACGGCCAUCGUGUCGCUCUCGGGCGUCGUGCUCGAGCUGCUGAAGAACGCCCUCGACGCCCGGGCGGCCAAGAUCGAGGCAACCGUCGACUUUGCGCGCGGAGGCUGCACCGUCGACGACGAUGGCCUGGGCAUCUCCCCCCGCGACUUCAGUGACGCGGGAGGCCUGGGGAAGCUCUACUGCACAUCCAAGCACGACGCCCACGAGCCUCUCCUCGGCCGCAAUGGCACCUUCCUCGCCUCUCUCGCCGCCAUGUCCCUCCUGACCAUCACCUCGCGCCAUGUCCAGCAUCGCUCGCAGAACACCAUGACACUGCACCAUGCCCAGGUGCUGGAGAGACAGCUGCCUGCCUCGUCCACGCACCAAGUCCACACCAACCACGGCACGCGAGUGACUGUGCGUAAUCUGUUCGGCAACAUGCCUGUGCGCGUCAAGCAGCGGUCGGUGGUGCUGCAGCAAAAGGCAGAGAGUGAUCGGCUCUGGGACAGUUUGAAGAGAGAAGUCGUUGGUCUUCUGCUCGCUUGGCAGGGCCUGGUGAACUUGCGAGUUCGAGACGAGAAUAACAGGCUGCUCUUCAAUUUCAACACAUCCAACACUCAGCCUCCAGACCAAACAAAGUCUCGCUCUGCGCACCUGUCUUCAUUGCUCAAUCUUCUAACUCAAGCCGAGUACAUAUCCAUCCAUGACUGGGCCCUAUGGGUGCCCGUGUCAGCCUCGACGUCUACUGUUUCCAUCCAAGGCGCCUUCUCUCGUGACCCAGCCCCUAGCAAGCACACGCAGUUCAUCUCGCUCGGCAUCCAACCUUUGUCUCCUGAUGCAGGACACAACCAGCUUUAUGAUGAGAUAAAUCACUUGUUCGCUCUCUCCAGCUUUGGCACUGUCGAGGACGACGCUGACGUCGACGAGUUGGAGAAGAUUCGACGGCGGUCUGACAAGCGCUUCAAGAACGACGACUACACUAACCGGCAACUCAAGGCACGGAAAGGCGUUGAUAGGUACCCCAUGUUUCACUUGCGCAUUACACUCAAAGACGUGAGGAAGUCAAAGCUCUCCGAGGAGCGGCUCAUGAAUGGUGAAACCAACCUCCAAGCUGUCAUAGGUGUUUUGAGCGCCAUGGUGACGCAGUGGCUGUCGGUACACCAUCUCCGUCCAAGGAAGCCACGCACAAAGCAAAGUCGGUUUGCUACUGCAUCGUCUUUGGGUGAGUCGAAUGGAGGUGAGAGUGGAGUAACUCCUGGAAGCCAGACAUUGCCACCAAAUCCAGUGAUGAACCGAGGCUAUACCAAACCAAGCACACCAGACUCCAGUUCCGUAGGAGGAGAUUCUCGCAAGAGAAAGCGGUCGGCACUGGUGGCAAUGGACAAUCCACCGGAGAAGGCCCAACGUCGAGCGUUUGCGGAAUGGUCGCGCAUCAAAAGUGGCAAAUCCGACUUCUUCAAUAAUGUGUCCGUCCAGCACAAGUCUGUCCUCAAAGAUCGUCCGCAGACGGUGACCAAUAGUGAGGCUGGACUGGAACCUGUUCAGAGCUUCGCAAAAUUCCAUCAAGAGCCACUACUUCCAGGCUCCUUGAGUGCUGGGUCAGCUCUUAAAGCGCCUUUCAAGACAGUAGAUACUGUGAAUGAUGCCUCCGAGGAGACGAUCUUAUGGACAGAUCCGUCAACCAAAAAGACGCAUGCACUGAAUGCUCGGACAGGCUGUGUGAUGCCACAGGCACAAUCGAGGCCCAAUACCCACUCCGGCGCUUCAAUGUUUGCAGCUGCACCUCAAGUCAUGCCCCAAUCACUGCGGCUUACAGCAAAGCCCGCUACAGCAGAAACAAAGAAGACUCCAUGGUUGAAUGGCCUGCUGCGAUCGUGGGACAACCCAGUGUUCAAGCCGAGUGAAAGACGUAUUCAGCAAGUGUCCCUGCAAGAGCCAGAACAUAACCAAGGACAUUCCCACUGCUCACGUAUCGACGUCGAGAAAGCAUUCAACGAAGCUUCAGCAACGGGAUCCAGCAGACUAUCGAGAGAAGGGCUACAGGGUGCGGAGGUUCUCACGCAGCUAGACAAAAAGUUCAUCUUCAUCAAGAUGCGGAGUUCAACAGAUGCGACGGCUGACCUACUGGUCUUGAUUGACCAGCAUGCAGCUGACGAACGCAUCCAAGUUGAGUGUCUCCUAAAAGAGCUCUGUACACCUUCAGCAAAAGACUAUCCUCAAUCGGGGUACCAGUCGAAGCUUGGUCAUACAUCUCGUGUCGCCUUCACCAGUCUCGACAAGCCAGUACAAUUCACCAUCUCCUCACAAGAACGAACACACUUUACAACGCACGCCGCAAGGUUUGCAGCCUGGGGUAUUUUAUUUGACAUUCUCGGAACGACACGUCCAACUGAGACGCUCGAGACUUCGACAAAGAGCCAAUAUGUGUUGUCCGUGACGACGCUGCCGCCUGGAAUUGCCCAACGCUGCCGAGCAGAUGCCCAGGUCUUGGUGUCGUUUUUACGCUCCACAGUCUGGACUUAUGCCGAGACUCUGCAUCUGCCUGCCCUGGUCCCAUUCAGCACUGACGAUGACCCAUCAACAUGGGUCAGGAGAUUGGCGACAUGUCCACAGGGGCUUGUCGACUUGGUCAAUUCGCGCGCCUGUCGCUCGGCGAUCAUGUUCAAUGACGAACUCAGUCUUGGCCAGUGUGAAGACUUGGUGCAGAAGCUGGCCCGAUGUGUAUUCCCAUUCAUGUGCGCGCAUGGACGGCCGAGCAUGGUGCCACUCGUGGAUCUCGGUCGUGUUGGUUGGGGUGGCCAUGCUGUAGACGGCGAGCAAGCCAGCAAUAACGACGGGUUCGUUCGGGCUUGGAAGAGAUGGAAGGGGUAA